GUCAUGUAAGAUUAUUUUGUAAGUACGUCUUGCGGGUGCCGCAUUAUCAGUGACAGCAGCUUUCGCUCGUGCGAAGCACCCAAGGGAAUGCGAGCACGGGCAGUUCUUCCUUUGGGACGACCUCUACAAAAAGUUGAACGUGCGCGACAGACCGACCACGAUGCUGUCUAACGUCGACUUGCUUUCCAACUGCGAACGCGACUUUAUCAAGACCGCAGUGUCUGAAGACAAGCGUGUUGACCACCGGACUUCCAAGGAGAACAGGCACGUGCGAGUGUCCUUCGGCCUCGACAGGGGAUGCUGCGUUGCCUCACUCGGCGACACCAAAGUGAUGGUGCAGGUGUCUGCCGAAAUUAUAGUUCCGAAACCAGGAAGGCCCACAGAAGGCGAACUCUUUGUGAACCUUGAACUGUCGCCGAUGGCAGCACCACACUUUGAAGCAGGUCGACUUGGGGACUAUGGUGUUGAGGUCGCUCGCCUCUUGGAGCGCUGCAUUCGCGACUCCCAGUGCAUUGACCUGGAGUCCCUGUGCGUGGUGUCGGGCGAGAAAGUGUGGGCACUUCGAGUCGACGCGCAGGUGUUGAAUCAUCAGGGCAACAUUGUUGAAUGUGCUGGCAUAGCAACGAUUGGUGCACUCAUGCACUUUCGCAGGCCCGACGUAACCGUCAUUGGGACGGAGGUGACCGUCCACAACCCAAGAGACCGUGAACCGGUUCCCCUGCACCUGCACCAUUAUCCUUUCCUGGUGUGCUUUGCCUUCUACGACGAUGGAAAAACUGUGCUUGUUGACCCAACUGAUCUGGAAGAACGGAUUGCCGAGGGGCUUCUGUCCAUAGCUGCAAAUGCCCAUGACGAGAUUUGCUUGUUGCAUCAGCACGGUUGUACUGUUCGCAAGGAUUUGGUGUUGCUCUGUUCCCGACUGGCCUCAGUCCGUGCCAAAACGCUGGCUACGAUGAUUAAGGCCGAAAUUGCGAAGGAUGACGAAGGUAGAAUGAAAAACAGGAGGGUUGGCUUUGCUGCUGCCCUCGAAGUUGAUGAGGAUGAACACUUGACAACGCUGCUGGAGCCAGAAAAUAUCGAAAUUGACGAUGCAGAGCUACAGGAAGCUCAGACACCCCCUGUCGAAAAACCCAUCUCGGCAGUCGAGGCGCCAGAUGUUGUAUCCAAAGCCAAGGUGUUUUUGGAAGGUAUAGGGACGGCAGUGAUUGGCAAAGGUGGUCCCAGCAGUUGGGGCGUUCUGGAGCAUUCAGAUCGGGCAGCCAAAAAUGCAGGAAAGCGUAACAGAAAGAGGAGGGAACCUUCACUACAAGUGGCAGAGGACGAGAGCAGCAGCGAAGAGGAAGAGCUCGUUGUACUGCAACCUGAAGACUCAAGGGCAGCAAAACAAAGUGAAAGUACCGCUGGAGCUGCUGAAGGUGAUACAGCUCGUGGGUGGUAUCCAAAGACUCCAUUCUGAACGCCAGGCAUCUGUAUACGUGUGUGCCUUCCAACAGAUAUUGUUCUUAAUGACAGGAAGAAGGCAGGGUCAGGCUCUUUAUUGCGUCUGGUUUGUAUGUCUGUUUUAAGUGUGUACUACCGUACUGAGUACGAGCUACACCGCGGUAGCGCGUGGCCAAGCUCAGUGUAAGGUUGUACAGUGGCGCAAAUGGUGACAUGUUUUCGAGUUACCAGGGGAGGUUUGAGCUGUUCCUGUGAGUGCGCAUUGCCUACACUUGCCUUCACGCUCGCCCUUGUUUUGCCCUGUCGUGAUAUCAGCUUUGAAAAUGAUAGCUGCUGCAGUGGCUUGACACCCAAACUUAGAAUUUUCCUUCAGUAAAGCUAAAUAAAGGGCAAAAACUUCCUUCAAAUAAAGAAGUGCGAGGGUGAAAGCAAGCAAAUGGGAGUGAUGCAUACGAUACGCUCACAGGAACAGCCAAACUCUCUCCCGAUAACUCGAAAUAAUAUCGCGAUCGGCGCUACCGUACUAUUUUGCAGUGUACUGGGCCAUGCGCUUGCUUGGUGUAGCUCAUACUGAGUGCGAUAGUAAAGGAAACUGACCAUAGUUUUUAUGCUGCUUGUCCUAAUCAAUUGAAUGAUUGGGUUAUAGUUGCACGAGAAGUUGGUAUUGGAACACUGCCUCAUAAUCGCCCAAUGUUGCCUUCGAAAUACGAAGUAGUUUUUCUGCCCGACAUUAGUAAUAGUGGUAGACAUCCUCACAUUUCAGACUUAGUGUCCAACUCUGUAGAAGCCAUGCAAGGAGUUUAAUAAUUCUAAUGUAAAAUUUUGUGCAUUUUGUGGAAAAGUUGCACAGUUGCAUAUGUUUUUGUAUGCCUGGCACAUGAUGUGCCAUGCCAUUCUGUCAGUGAUACACCUGAAAAGGAAGAUUACAAAAUGCGGAAUUAUGUAGAUAUGUGUAUUAAUAGCCAUAUAAAAAUUUGUUCAGCUCUAAGGUGUGGUAUGAUUCAUUGAUGAAUGAGCUUAAACAAAUGACCUCUUCACAUCUGUGGUAAAAAUGCUGAAAUAUUUCAUAAUGCAAAUCUACUGAAAAGCUUCGCCAGCCUCCUCAGCAUUGUGCUGCGUAUGAAACGAAAUAUAAAUACGAAAAAUUCAAAGAUAUUUGUUAAUAUGCUGUUAUGGAACACGUUGUGGAAAUUAAAGGCACUCGAGAGUACUUAUGUGUGAAAUAAAAUACAAUCUACCUUGACAUCCUGACUUUUGUGCAGGAAAUUGAUUCAUUCAUUUAGCUGUUCUACUGUGUGGAUAAUUUGGUUAUGCCUCGAAUACAUGUUGAAAGUGUGGAGGCAUACCUUGUGCUAUUGUGAAGAGCGGUCCCAAUCAGUUCGUCAAAUUUACUGCUUGUGUGACCAGUUCAUACACUCAAGUCAUAGCAAACCCUGCACAGGCAAGUUUAAAAGUUUCAUCAAACUUUGGUUUAAUUGCCAGUGGUGGACUCAAACAAGUCAUUGUAGUUGAGCAGGAGUCACUCAAGUUUGAAAGGAGUCUUCAUUUAGUUGCAUCACUGUUUGGGCUGAUUGGACAAUGUGUGCCACGUAUUCAAGAGAAGAAAAAGAAAGACUACACUGCUGCCCUCAUAAGCUAAUGUUUAUUUGAAGUUGAGCAUUGAUGCACACUAACAAAAAUACAGGUACAUUAUAUCCAGAAAGAAAAGCAACAUGAACUAGCCAUAAUCUAAUCAAGCCACUGUGCAGUACUCGGCUAAGAAAAAAUCCCAUUUCUCUGACAUACCGAACAAAUGAUGCACGUAUCACUUUUGCUUGUGUCACUUUUUGCUUCAGUUACUUCUCUGGUGAGUUAGUCGCUAAUACUGAGGUAAUAUGUUUACUUUCGACUGCUGUGGAUCUACAGCCAUCUUGUCUCAUCAUCAUCUGCUGUUUUGAGCAUGGAUGA